CGCUCAGAGAACGUUUCUUGUCUCUCUAGACGACAUGCCCCGGAUACUCCUCGUGUUGGCAGCCUGUCUACUAGGCAACGGCUGCGUGGCUAAACAGUCGGACGACACUGAGCCGCUCAUCUGGAACAAUGCGGGUCAAGGCAGCUCGUCCCCGGCGCCCUUGAAAUUGGACCCUGUGCUAAGACGCGCCCUGCUCCGAGCACUCACACAGCUGGAGCUCGAGGCGCAGAGAAAAGCAACCGGAGCCGACAUCGCAGAAAAUACAUCAGUAGACGACGCCUCGGUGAAGGACACGCAGGAGGCAAACAUAAAACGCGACCUCGAGGAAUUGCUAGGGAACUAUGAGAAUGCCAUCAAACAACCAGAAGAACCGCAGACACCAGUCAAAGUAAAGGAGAAUCAAGACAUGAUCAUUCUAGACGAACAAAACUCACAGCCUGCUGAUGAAGUAAGCGUCAUCGACUAUGAAGUUCCCGGCGACAAAACAAAGACACCCGAUGAUCUACACCAGCAAGAGCAGACAUCCUUCUCGGAAAAACCACAGGAGAGUGCCAUAUUUUUCCAAAACCAGCAAUCUGAAACUGAAGAGAAGACAGAAAAUGAAGAGAAGAAGUCAGAAACAGAUUACCCACCGCAAGGUGACAUUCAGUCCAACAUCAUCCCCUCAAGUACACAGCUGACGGACACCGAUAAAAGUGGCAACACUGACAAGAAAGUAAGCGAACAGGACUACAACGUUGCAGAAACGUCUUCGACGGUAAAUAAUGCCGUCGUCAAGACCAACGAUCUGCCAGCUGGCAGUGAAAGUACAAAACUCGAUCUGGACGACCAGGAUGUAUCGAUAUUCCAGGCUCCACUCGUGGCUGCAUUUACGCUACAGCAAGACGAAAAGGGAAAUCCUAAGAGGGUGGUGCCUCUACUGCGACGGCCACAGUCAACUCUGUUAGCACAGCAACGACAGCGCCUCCAGCAACAGCAAAUUCAACUAAUAAAGGAACAUCAACAAUUCCCGCAACUGCCUCUGCAAACUGCAGAACAACAGCAUCGGUUUCAACCGCAGCCACUACACUUAACAGGACAACAACCGCGUUUCCAGCCGCAGCCACUGCAACUAUCAGACCAACGUUUCCAACCGCGACCGUUGCAACUAACUCGAGAACAAGAGCUGGAACGUAAAACACGUCUAUUAGAAGAACAAUUGCUUCAGCUGCAACGGCAGCAAAAUUUUCAACAACAGCAGCAAUUCCAGCAACAACAGCAGUUUCAGCAGCAACAGCUCUUGAAACAACAACAACUUCUAGAGCAGGAACGGUUGAGGCAGAGACAACAGCAGUUAUUCGUUGAAGAGCAGCAGAGGCUGAGGUUCCAGCAACAAGCGUUCCUACCUCUGGAGCCACCCCCACAUCCACAGCGGCAGAGAUCGCAGCGGCAGGAGACCGGAACAGGAAUAGUGGACUUCCAGCAAAGUGUCGGUUUCCAGUUCGGGCAACAACCAAACAAUUUAUUCCAGCAACAGUUUGUUCCGUCCACCUUCCAGCAGGUUUCUAACCCCUCGACGGACUUCGUUUUUAACAACGUGAAUAGUUUCAGGCAACCUAUCCAGCCUUCGUCCGUGAACAGUCAACUACAAAAUCUACUGUACCAGUCAGGUGUAGCUGGAGAUCUGCAGAUUAAUGGUGCAUCACCUCAGGAAGACCUCAACAUCGUGUCAAAAAUUUUGUCCCUCAACCACGAAGGAAGGGGGGACAGAUCCGGCAGGGAGACACCCCAGCCACCAUCAAGAUUUAUCAGCCCCCCACUCCCUUGA